UAUGCGACGUCACGUGGCCUGCUGGAGCUGGAGCAUGUGUGUUUGUGUUUAGUGUGUGACUUUUACAUUAAUCCGAAAUGGCUCCUAAUUUUAAGGCUAAAGCUUCGUUUAAAGGUAAAAACCAGAAAAGGAACUUUGUAAAGGGUCCGCCGUCAGCUGCGUCACAUCAUAAGAGGAAAUGGAUCCCGGGGAACAAGUUUUUCGAUGGGAGUGUUCAGGAAGGUCAGGGAUUUGCCUUCGAAAGGAAGCAGAAAAUUCAGCAUGAAUACAACAAACUCCUUCGAAAGGAGAGACGAAGAAGGCAGGAUUCCAAGCCGCAGACGACAGAUUACCCAGAGCAUCUGAAGCAUCUCUACAUGGCUGAACAGGAGAGGCUUGACAAAGAAGAGCAAAUGCAAAUGAAUCGCAGGAGGAAAGGGAGAGCUGCUGAUGCUGAGGACGACGAAGGAGAGGACAUAGCACAAACUUCCAUCCAUUCCAGCUCUGUCACAGGGAAUGCAGGCUCACUGGAGAACUCUGCUGCUACUGCCUCAUCUAAUGAACUGCCACAGAGCUCACAGACUGACAGCAGUCCCGAUAAAGGCUCACUGAGACAAAGAAAGCAGAAAAAAUUAUCUUCUUAUCAGAAGACGAAGAAAGAAUAUGAGAGGUUGAAGGAGGAAAGAGAGAGAAAGAGAGAGGAAUACCUGAAAAACAAAGCACAGAGAGAGGAAGCUCUGAAGAGGUACAAGGACAAGAAAAUGGCAACAUAUCAGUUGUUGAAGAAAAAGACUAAGAAAGGUCAGCCCAACUUGAACCUGCAGAUGGAGCUGUUGCUUCAGAAGAUCCAGGCUCAGCGCAAAUGAACAAGGUGGACAAAUUAAAUGCCUGUUUGGCACCUGGCAGACAACAAAAGAAGCCUUGAAAUUUAAAAGUGCUUCCCAGAGUGAAAUGCAGAAACGUAUGUUUAAGAAACUCUAUUAAUACACUCAGAGUCGCUGUUUCUGCUGUUCUUGAGACUUUUGUUGUAAUGAGGCACUUAAUGCUGCCUUGCAAGCCUGGUGUUUGCUGUGAUUUGUGGAUUAAUUGAGUGAACAGGUUAAUCUAUGUAUAGGAGUUAUUAAGAUAGUCAUGUUGGAGAGAAGUUCUUAAAUUCUACGAAAGUACAAAUUUAUAUUGUGCUUGUUUAUUGCAUUUAUCUGACCUCAAAGUGGUGUUUAUUGCCAAAUACUGUGUUGUUAUUUGUCAUUUUUGCCACCUUUAUAAAUAAAAAAAAGAGAGAGUUAUGAGACAUACCCGUUUAUCUAGCCCACUCUAUUGCUGUGCAGUCAGUUGUAAGUCGUAGGGUGCACAUUUCUGGUCUGUGUAGGAGAGUGUGAUGCAUUACUUAAUGCGAGGUAAAAUAUAACACUGACUCACCAUGUAUUUUUAGUUACCCUAUUGGUGUUAACAAAACUGCAUAUAAACAAUUCAUAGGACAGCCUCAACCCUGUGGGUAAGUUUUAACACAGUGAGCAAAUAAGUACAAUCAAGAUUUCUAAAGUGAAGAAUGAGAGAAUCCAUUUCCUCUUACAUGUUAUAAGACUUUUUUUUAUCUUUUUGUUGACCUUCUCAUCAAAAAUGUACAAUAAAUUUGAUGUAAAUAAAAUAUAUUUCAGAAUUACUGUU